AUGUUGAGCCCUAUAUUUGUUCUGUGGGAAAUUGAAUAUCCCUUAUACACUUAUGGCUCCAUCAUUGUUAUUGCAUUAAUUAUUUGGCAAGCAAAAAAGAACCGCCAAGGAUUGAAGUUGGGACCUAAAAAGAGCUGUUGCCGGCAUCACCGGAGAUUCAGACAAAGAACUAAAGAUAGAGCCUCAAGAGCUAGGAAACAUUCCUGCAAAGAAGCUGAGAAGCCAUGGGAGCUGCUCUCUGUCAUGAAAAGCCAGAGCUGGUUUCCUCAGGAGGGAAGUGUGCGGAGGCUCCUGUGUGCAGAUCCCUCCUGCCCCAUCUGCAAUGCCAUGGCUCUGGAGAUUAAGCAGUUGCUGGCCAAUGAGAACACCCCUGUCUCUCCCACUUCCUCAAGACGAUCGCAUGGCUCUUCUUGCCUAGAUAUUUUGUCCUUGUCUAGUUUGUCUUUUGAUCAGAAUCAGGGUUCCCAGCACUCCAAAGACCUUUCAAUUCCAUCUGCAACCCCCACAACGUGUCAACUAACGGAUCACAAAUCCUUAACGCAGCCAGCUGCCAAGUCAACUGGUAUAGUCAGCAUCCAAGAUUACUGGACUGACCACCAGCUAAGGCAGGAAUUUCAAGCAUCAGAUGUGUUCUGGGAUGCAGGAGCUCUGUCUUCUUCAAGCCAUGAGGAAUGCAGGAUUCCUGUGAACCAAAAGGACAAGAAGAAGAGCAAUACCAAAUAUGUCCAGGAGAAACAAGAAGCUGCAGAAACUGGCUUGGGAAAUAUGAUUCCAGUCUGGAUUAACCCCAAGGUGAAAGAUCAAGGGCAUAAGAAACCCACUCUCCUCUCUAAGGAUGAGACAGUGAUCAAAACCACGAUCAAAAAUGUUGAGAAGAGUCCACCCUCCACCAAAGGCCCUGUGAGGCUAGCUAAGUUGGAGGAGACAACAGAGGAGAAGAGUAUCACCUUCUUUGAUGCCCGCCAGAGCCUAGACAAUGAACUCCAGCAACACCCCUUUCAGUCCAGCCACUCCAGGUUCUAG